CUUUCGCCACGAGCCGGGAUUCCCGCAGGUAGUUGGGAAGAGACCGCGGACCUCGCGGGGAGCUCACUCGGGACGAUCCCUCACCCGGCCUCUCCCGCAAAGUAGUGCUGAAGAUAAGAUGAGCUACUUUGUGGAUUCUGCAGUGAAUGGCCCCACCCCGUACUCAGCGGCGCGUCCUGCGGUGGCGAGGCAGGGAACUAUCAACUCUUAUGAAGAUCCUCAAAUGGCCUGUGGUUUCCAGUCCAAUUACCACCCGCAAAGAGCUUGCUAUCCCUUCUGGGAAGAGAUGGCCACUCAGGAAGUUCCUACUGGUCUUGAACACUGUGGCUCAGAUAUGGAAUGUGCAGAUGUCCCCCUUUUAACUCCCAGCAGCAAAGAAAUGAUGUCUCAGGCACUGAAAGCGACUUUCAGUGGAUUCUCGAAAGAGCAGCAAAGACUGGGAAUUCCGAAAGACCCCCGGCAGUGGACAGAGACCCAUGUUCGGGACUGGGUGAUGUGGGCCGUGAAUGAGUUCAGCCUGAAGGGAGUGGACUUCCAGAAGUUCUGUAUGAACGGAGCGGCCCUCUGUGCGCUGGGGAAAGACUGCUUUCUCGAGCUGGCCCCAGACUUCGUUGGGGACAUCUUGUGGGAACAUCUCGAGAUCCUGCAGAAAGAGGAUGUGAAACCAUAUCAGGUUAAUGGAGUCAACCCCACCUACCCAGAAUCCCGUUACACCUCGGAUUACUUCAUUAGCUAUGGUAUCGAGCAUGCUCAGUGUGUGCCUCCCUCGGAGUUCUCAGAGCCCAGCUUCAUCACGGAGUCCUACCAGACACUCCAUCCCAUCAGCUCAGAGGAGCUCCUGUCCCUCAAGUAUGAGAACGACUACCCCUCGGUCAUUCUCCGGGACCCUCUGCAGACAGACGCCUUGCAGACCGACUACUUCGCUAUCAAGCAGGAAGUCGUCACACCAGAUAACAUGUGCAUGGGGAGGACCAGUCGUGGUAAACUCGGGGGCCAGGACUCUUUUGAGAGCAUAGAGAGCUACGAUAGUUGUGACCGCCUCACCCAGUCCUGGAGCAGCCAGUCAUCUUUCAACAGCCUGCAGCGCGUCCCCUCCUAUGACAGCUUCGACUCCGAGGACUAUCCGGCCGCCCUGCCCAACCACAAUCCCAAGGGCACCUUCAAGGACUAUGUGCGUGACCGUGCUGACCUCAACAAGGACAAGCCUGUCAUUCCUGCUGCUGCCCUGGCUGGCUACACAGGCAGUGGACCGAUCCAGCUGUGGCAGUUUCUUCUGGAAUUACUCACUGAUAAGUCCUGUCAGUCUUUUAUCAGCUGGACAGGAGAUGGCUGGGAAUUCAAGCUCUCUGACCCAGAUGAGGUGGCCAGGAGGUGGGGAAAAAGGAAAAACAAGCCUAAGAUGAAUUACGAGAAACUGAGCCGUGGCCUACGCUACUAUUACGACAAAAACAUCAUCCACAAGACAGCGGGCAAACGCUACGUGUACCGCUUCGUGUGCGACCUGCAGAGCCUGCUGGGGUACACGCCCGAGGAGCUCCACGCCAUGCUGGACGUCAAGCCCGACGCCGACGAGUGAGGGGCCCGAGGGCCGGGGCAACUCUGCUGAGACAUUGCAAAGAACCACGUCGGUUGGACUCUUAAUUUUUAAUUGUUAUUCUAUUUUUAAUUUUCCAGAACUCGUUUUUUUUUUUACAUUCAGGGGGGAGCUAAGUGAACUGCAGCUAUAAUCCAUUGUGUGUGGUUGGCAAAGGAGAGCCAGGACUGGUGGGGUGGGUGGGACGAGGCAUUCGUGAGCAAAUUUUCAGGACAGAAAGGGCUCCUUAGGCGCUUGAAGAAUCGGCUAAGGGAGGACCAGACUAAUCAUUUUCAAAAAUCGUCCAUGAACAAAAAAAAUGUGUCUCGAGUAGUGGACUUUGAAGAAAGUGAGGCGGCAGGAGUCAUGAGACCGAUGAAAGGCAAUUAGUUUGCUUCUGGUUUUAGGUCUGGGAGGGCAAAAAAGAGGGGUGGUGGGGUAGAACAUUGUGUUUGGGGGUGCGCAAAACCCAAGAACUAUUUACCUUUUACUCUUCUUUUAAAACAAAGAUGGACUUCAGUGGGAGGGGCCAAAACUGUUUUUGUGUUGAAAUUUAUUUUAUUAAAUUUUGUGCCAGUAUUUGUUUUUUCUUAAAAAUCGUCUUAAGCUCUAAGGUGGUCUCAGUAUUGCAGCAUCACGCCAGUUUGUUUUUAUUUGCCAGAUGAGGAUUCUGUCACAGUGAAAGGAAACUGUUUAUAUAGACCCCACUGGAAACGCAAAGUGCUGUCACUGAGGUCGGGGACCCCAAAUUCAGGUGGCUUUAUAUAUGAAGGAAAAAAUGAUGUUGAUUGGGGUACAAGGAAACUGUACAUGUGAAUUUCAUCUGUAAUUUUAAAAAAUGAUCAUCACACCUCUACUUACUUGCCCUUAGUGGAUUCUUGGGGUUUAGACUUAACGUUGAGCUCCGAAGCAUUAAGUCUUGAACUGAAUGUAUUUCGCAGCCCUGGCUUGGGACCACGGGAAAUGCAGGAGCGCUGUUGAAGUCACAGAAAGGAGAUCGAGGGAGGAAGGUUGACUUGGUUCUUUACUGGUUCUGUACCUGUAACAUAUGGCUUGGAGUAAAGCUGUGUGCAUGGGCAUUACCCCUCAGGUCUUAGGAAGUAAGUCCUGAAUGCAUGGUGUUCCAGACUAACACUCUACACUUCCUUCUGUCUAAUUUUCCCAGCCUCCCGCACUUCUUGCUUUCCCCAGUCUCACUCAGGACAGAGCAAUGUACAGCUUUCUGACCGGGAGUCACAGCGUAACAGCAGACAGGACCUGAGUGGAAGAGCGUCUGACAAAGCCAUUUAGACUCACUGGGAUUUUGGACCAUGGAAAUUAGGGAGCAUAUAGGUAAAAGGGGGCUUGGCUGCCUUCAGGUGGAGAAAAGCAAGGCCAGGCUUUCCUUUGAAGAGCACAAGCUAGUUGAGUGGGAUGUCCGGGGAGACUGUGCAUGGAAAGCGAACAGUGCAGCUGCUGGCUGGGUCUUCCCCUUGGGCUGUUACCUCGGCUCCGGGUAAGUGAAGACUAAGGGAGGAGUGGUAGGAGGCAAAGGAAACAUAAGGGAAGGAGCUCGAAUGACGACAGUAAGGUGGGCCAUGAGAUUUAACUAUAUUUUUAGUUCUUCCCUAAUUGAACUAUAAACUUAAUCGACUGAGGCAGUUGUGAAGGGUAAUCUGAAAAUGGGAUUUUGAUGGGGGUGACCAACAUCUAACUAGUGAGGACAAGUUCCUAAUUCAAUCAGGAUCCCCCCCACUCCAAAGAUGCCCGAUUAACAAGGCCCAGGGCAGUGGGAUGGCCUCGCAGACCGCAGUGGGAGAGGGGAAGGGUGGUGAGAUGGGUUUCUCAGGGCUGGCCUCUCCUGGGCUCUCGCUGGGACUCUGGAAGAGCCGACAACCUCUAGCAUAUUCAAGAGAGUGCAUUGUUUGCUCCAGGUCCCCUCGCAGACCCUCGCUAUCAGGAACUUAGCUCUGUGAUUCUCGAGUUUGCUCACACUGAUAAGCCAGAGUGUCCACUUGGAAAGCAAAGGCAGAACUAGCCCAGCUGUGUACUCUGAUCUUCCAAACGCAGGUGCCUUAUUGAAGCUCUCGAAAUAUUUUAGGAGCUGCUCAGGGAGUGUUAGGCGGAACUGUGGGACUACAUUGCUUUCUCUUAGAUUAUGUGAUCUUUGUUGGGCACUGGCAAAGGUGUGCAUGAGUGAAUGAGUGCGUGCGUGUGUGUACAUGUGUGUGUCUGUGUGUGUGUGUGUUUGCAGACAUGCAAAACUGCAGCCGAGAUAAUACCUGGGUUUUCUAGGUACGUCUUUCCACGUUUCAGUAACGGGCGAGAGUGGAACCAAGGCUGGGCAUCGGUCAUGGCCUGCUGUUUGCAACCGGGCAUAAAAUCACUGUCUCAACCCAUCCACCUUUCCUGUUACAUUUAUGCCGAAAGCUCCCCUUGUGUGAGUGUCUAGCUCCUGCAGUCACCCCAUAGCAGCUCAGAUGUAAGAAAGUGCCUCCCAUGCGCCUCAGCCCGCUUGUCGCUAAGAUGCCUUUCUCUGCAGGUCCACCGUUUUCAGUAUUUAUAGAUAGUUUGUUAGUUAAGACAGCUUUGUUCAUCUGGCCGGAUGCUUCUUCUCCUUCUGUCCAAAGGCCAGAGACCAUCCCAGCAAGAGUGGUGGGUGGUUUAUACACUGGAAAUGCAGCAGAAUUGUUGCAUUUAUGCUAUUAAAAAACACAUGUUAGCUUCAGAGGAAGGAUGGGCAGAUCUGGUUUAGCCGGGGGGAAACCCUUGUUUUCCUGGAGAUGCCUUAACCCACGUCAGUGUUGGCUGUAGGGUUCAGUCACUUUGUUCCCUUCUCCAUUCAGGGGGUGGGGACUUCCCUGCACGGAGCCCUGGUUUGGUGGCGACGGGGAUUGGAGGUAGCAUCCCAAGAUCAGAUGUGCUUUUCCUCACUUUGGAGAUGAACUCUCUGGGUUUUAGAGCAUUAACCUGCCUAAUCUUCAUGAUGAAAGCGAUGCCCUCUCUCUUCUAGUCAUGCUGUGCAUGCCGCUUUCUCUGUUGGGGUCUAUAUAAAUGCGUUAGCUCUUACCUACAUUCCAAAGAAGUUUCAAGGAACCAUAAAUAUAUGUAUACAUAUACAUAUAUAAAAGAUAUAUAUGAAAAUGAAAUUAUCUCUAUCAGGAAUACUGCCUCAGUUAUUGAACUUUUUUUAAGAAUACUUUUUUUUUUAAGCUGAGAAAUAUAGGGGUAAAAAGAUGUUAUAUUGUGUUUGACUAUUUUCCAACUUGUAUUUUCAUAUAAUUUAUAUUUUUUAAAAAGCUGAAAAUUUAAAAGCAAGAUGAAAAAAAGGAAAAGCAGGUGCUUUUUAAAAAUCAGAACUGAGGUAGCUUAGAGAUGUAGCGAUGUAAGUGUCUAUGUGUUGUUUUUUUAAUGCAAAAAAAUUUCUUAUGGGGGAGUUUUUGUUUGUGUAAUUUAGUAGCUGAUGCUGGCACAUCAUUUUGCUGGAGAGUUUUUUAUAUACUGUAGCCUGAUUUCAUAUUGUAUUUUAAACUGUGUGAGAUUAAAAACAAAGAAAUUCAUUUAUAA